AUGCAGAAGGCGCUGAACUAUGUUCAGCACUGGUCCACAUUGAAGGGCCUAAGGGUAAACCCAGGCAAGACGGAGAUGGUGCACUUUACAAGCAGAAGGAGGGGUGCUGUUAAAGCUCCCUCCAUCUAUAACACAGAGCUGGAAUUCUCUGGGGAAGUCAAAUACCUAGGUAUUUGGCUCGACAAGAACCUCAGCUGGAAAAAGCAUAUCGCUAUGCAGACUAACAAGGUCACUAUGACAUACUGGGCAUGCAGGCGACCUUUCGGAAGCACAUUGGGUCUAAGCCGGAGGAUGGUCAAGUGGAUCUACACGGCCAUUAUGACCCCACAGCUAAUAUACGCAGCCGCAGUGUGGUGGACAGCCUUGAAUAAGGCCUGCCACAGGAAAACGGUGGACAGAGUGGGCAGGCUUGCGAUGCUGGGCAUAACAGGGGCCCUUCGAACGACCCCGAGCUCAGCAGUGGAGGCCCUGCUCUUCAUGCAACCGCCACACCUGAUUAUAAGCGAGGAGGCGACAAAAGCGGCCGCAAGAUUGCGGCUGCAGGGAACAUGGAAGAGACCCAGGAAUGGGCACGCUAGUGUCCUCCACGCAGACGGAGAGCUGGAAGGGCUACUGUCGCGCGGUGCUAGCGCCUGCAGACCCAGAUGGCACUUUCGCAGAAAGUUCUCUGCCAACCUUGGAUGGGGGGAAACCCCGUCAGGAAAGGACGCGGACUGGGCGCCGCCCCCUGGACUAACUGAGCUGGCUGCCCUAAGGACCUGCGCCAGGAUGAUCCUGGAGAGAGGCGACAAGGGCAAAAAGAUCUUCAUCUACUCAGACAGCAGGCGCGCGCUGAGGGCAAUACUCAGGCACAAGUGUUGCUCUAAGUUAGUGGGUAAAUGCGUUGAGCUGAUGGAGGAAAUUGCCGUAAAUAAUCGGCUUGAGGUGGGUUGGAUUCCGGGCCACGCUGGCAUCAAAGGCAAUGAGAAACCCGAUGAGCUAUCAAAGAACAGUUGCAGUAGGGCCUUUCAGGGGGAGGUGGAGCACGUAGGCGUGCACACCGACUUUGUGAAGAACCUGGUCAAGGAGCGUGGGGAUAGGAGGAUUGUGGAGAGGUGGGACUCGAAGACGGGUGCCAGACACACUAAAUCCUUCCUAGAAAAACCCACUAGGAAGAUUGCAGAAACUUUGUUGGGCCUAAACAGGGCUAAGCUCCGUGCUAUAGUGGGGCUUAUCACUGGACACUGGCCCCUGGCUCUGUAUUUAUCAAGGAUAGGCAAGGGAACUGACCCCUUAUGCAAAAGCGCGGGUUCACGGAGGAGGAUCCUCUUCACCUAUGCACAAGAUGCAGCGGGCUCGAUGAAGCCAGGUGGGAUGUUUUUGGGUCUGCAUGCAUAG